ACUGAAGGCACUUGGCUCAGUAGACGGUCCAGCCACAGUACCAGCAGCAUAACAUCAGAAAUGUUAUCCCAGGUGUUUAUCUUGUUGUGGAUUUCAGCAGGAUGCCUGUCUUUAACUGAAAAGUGUGAGACCUGCUUAGGGGAAAAACUGGCGGUGACAUGUGAGUUUUUUUGGAGAAAUGUCUGCUUGGAGUUUGUGGAAGAGACAGAAACCUGGUACCAAGCAAGGAGCAGCUGUGAGGAGAGAGGAGGGAAGCUACUAAAUGUGCGGAAUAGUUCAAUCAAAAUGUUCCUGAGUAACAUUACCAGAGAGAAAAACACCAGCACUUUUACAUGGUGGGUGGAAAAUGGGGUCCAAACUCCUCACAGGGAUCCCACCACAAGUCUUAAGUCAAGCAAAGGUAAAGCUUUAAAGGAACCAUGCACAUACCUGAAGCUCAAUCCUCUUCAGCUCCGAACCUCUGACUGCAAAAGAAGACGAAGAUUUCUAUGCAGUCAUACUUUAGUCUCUCCAUCAAGUUUGGAGAAUAUAAGAAAACCCAUGGAUACAGUUGGACAUCGGAGCAAAAGAGAUUUAGUACAUAAUAUGGGACUAAACGUUGACAACAUUACUGUUCUACUAACGCAUGCAGAGAAAAAGCUGCGACACAUGGAAACAACUGUCAGAGAGCCUAAAGAAAGCAUGGACAAAUUUAUUGAAUAUUUGUUAGAUGGCACAAAUAACUUAAAUCGAUCUUUUGCUUUGGAAAACCCUGGGAUCAUCGACAGGAUCAUCAAGUGUAGCAAUGCCCUCUGGAGUCUGGUGUCACAGGAAUGCGAUUUUGAAGACAAUGAAAAUAAAGACUUGUUUGAGAGGAUAUUUGAGAUCACUAAAGCAGCUUCUCUAAAAGGGGUGGACAAAGAAAGGAUCACUAAGACCCCAUCAGCCACUGUCUACACAAGCGCCCGCAAACCUAAUGAACUCGCUCACUCAGUGCUGGGUUCAGAGGAAGAUGGAUAUGUUAAACUCCCCUCAUUUUCAGCAAUGGAAUCACUGAUUGGACAUUAUGACGAAAUCAUUGCCCAGGUGGCUACAUUCUCAUCCAACCCCCACCCCUCUGCAGACAACAUAUCAGGGCGAGUUUGCAACAUUGUACUCAGUGAUGGAAAAUCUGAGAUUUUGAUGAAAAAUCUGUCUGAGAUGAUUGAGAUCUUUUUGCCCCGCCCUAGUAGUUCAGGUCUGACCAACAGCACUGUCGUGAUGACUAAAGACACAAGGUCUUUGUCUCAGAUUAAUAUCUCUGACACUGAGAUGACCAUCUUAUUUCACGUGGAACCCAGCAUCAACGUGUCAUUAGCCGUUUUCUUGUCUUACGGAUCACCUCCCAACUCCACAUAUUACCACAACAAAACCAUUUUGAACUACACAGAUGACUAUCGCUGGUUGAUAACCCCAGAGAUGUUGCAGAAGACUCAAGGGGCUUGGUACUUGGAAACCAGCCUUCUAAACUUCACGUUGGAAACUGAAGUGACACUAAACAUCAACACAUAUUUUAGCAGGUGCCUCUACUGGCACACUGAGAAACUGGAAUGGAGCGACGAGGGCUGCAGGGUGGGGGAGAAAAGUACUCCAGAGCUGACACAAUGUUUGUGUAACCACAUGACUCUCUUUGGGAGCUCCUUCUUUGUGAUGCCAAACUACGUCGAUGUGUCUCGAACAGCUGAGCUGUUUGCCACCGUGAAUGAGAACUAUGUGGUUUUGGCCCUGUUGUGUGCUUUCUAUGGUCUUUAUCUGAUCACGCUGAUGUGGGCCUGCUAUGCUGACCGCAGAGCAAGCUCUAAGAGGAAGAUAACACUGCUAGAGGACAGUCACCCAGGAGCUCAUUACAACUACCUGAUUGGGAUCCAGACAGGACAUCGCAGGGGUGCUGGCACUUCUGCUAAUGUCACAAUUAAGCUGACUGGCACCGAAGCAGACAGUACCAUACAUACUCUCACGGAUCCAGACAAGCCAGUGUUUGAGAGAGGAUCUUUUGAUAUGUUCCUUUUGUCCACACCUUUCCCACUUGGAGAACUUAAAACCCUGCGUCUGCAGCAGGACAACUCAGGAGGUCACCCAUCAUGGUAUGUCAGCAAAGUGACUAUACAAGACCUGCAAACAAAAAAUGUUUGGCACUUUUUCUGUAACUGCUGGCUGAGUUCUGACCAAGGAGAUGGUAUGACCAAGAAAACGUUCAAUUCUGCAAAAACCAAUGAGAUCGCCAGCUUUAGGAACAUUUUCACGAGUCGAACGUCAACUGGUUUUAGGGAUGAACACAUCUGGGUGUCAAUUGUUGAUCCCCCCUCCCGCAGUCCAUUUACUCGAGCUCAGAGGGUUUCCUGCUGCAUGUGCUUGCUCCUGUGCACCAUGGCCAUCAACAUUGCCUUCUGGAACAUUCCUUUAGAUCCAAACUCUAGUGUGCUCUUUUCAAUGGGGUCCAUCCAGAUGACUUGGCAGGACCUCAUGGUUGGUGUGCAGUGUGGCCUCCUCAUGUUCCCCAUCAACAUCCUCAUCAUAACCAUCUUCCGGAGCAUUCGACCUCGCAUUGUGUCACAAUCCAAAAACGACAACCCUGAUGAGAUCUUCAAACCUCCCAUUGUCACCAUACCAACUAUUCUGAGGGAAACCGAGCAUCUGAUUUCUCUUGUGAGCAUGAAUCCCAGGAACAAGAUGUCCGAGAUGCUCAAGCUUGAAGCCUCCUGUGACCUCGUACCAGCUUUGGAAAGGCUUCAUAUCCUUAUCCAGUAUAUUCAAGGUGAGAGUGAGAGCGACAACCACUGGGUUUACUGCAGCAAGUUCCUCCUGGCCGGGCUGUGCAACCUCCACAUGAACCUGGAAAAACUGGAUGCGAAAAACUUCUCAUCUCCAGAAGAAUACCAGAGUGCUCUCAAUACCACCAACCUGCUGGUUCGCAAGGCUGAGAUGGUUUUCACCAGUCAUCUGUCCAACUGCCCAGCACCUGUGAGGAAGAAGAAGAAGGCAACAGCUGGAUUUAAGCUUCCCUGGUGGUGUGUGUUCAUUGGCUGGUUCCUGUUGAUCUCCAUCAGUGGUAUAUCCACUUACUUCACCCUACUGUAUGGCUUCCAGUAUGGAAAAGAGAAAUCUAUUAAAUGGGUCAUGUCUCUGGGACUGUCCCUCUUCGAGAGCAUCUUCAUACUGCAGCCUCUGAAGGUGAUUGGUGUGGCUGUGGUCUUUGCCCUGCUGCUGAAGCCUGUGGCUGUGGAGGAAACUGAGGAGGCAGCACAGGUGCUGCUAGCUCAACAAGACAGAUGCAGGCGAUACACCGGCAGGGAUAUGCUGUGAGGAUGCAACACCCAGCCAGGCAGGCCGCGUUCUGCACCAUCCUCCUCCCUGCUUUCCUCCAACACAAGCUAGUCUACAAAUAUCCAAAAUAGUGCAUUCUUAUGUUUGCAUAAGUGCAGCCUUUCUUUAGUGUGGGGACAAAGUAAAUAGUAAUGACAUGAUUGACCAAAUAUGUAAACAUGCUGAUAAGUAUGUAUCUAUAUUUAUGUAAACUGAUGCUCAAAGUAUGUCACUGCUCUAUCAUUAAUUUGUAGAAGUUUUACUUAUAAAAAGUAAUGAAAGUAGGUAAUAAAAAGUUUGUUUUUUUUUUUACAGAAGAAGCAUAUUUUUAAUAGUCCGAUAUUAAUUCAAUUGAUUGAUUAAAUUCAAGUAUCAGAAUUAUUUUGAACUGCUUAAAAUUAUUGUAAAAUAAACUAAUAUUGUCCUUGUUUUAAUUUGAAAAGCUCUAAUAAAUUCAGGGCAACUAGGCAAAAAAUAAUGCAGGGUAAGUAAUGAUAAAUUAGUAAAUUUGUUUCAGAAACAUGUUUCUUUCAGCAUGUGUCAGUGUGUAACUUAAAAUAAAAGUUUCUUUGGGGACUAGUGGAAGGGUACACUUAUAUAAUUGCACAUAUGGGAACUAAUGGAUAAUUGAUCACCUUUUUCAUUUCACUUUCAUCCGUGUAAUGCCUGCUGAUAAGGGGAUUUGGAUUUUUUUUCUUUUUUUUUCUAUCGUUGGUGGGUUCUUCUCUGAAUGAUUUAUGACAUUGACUUAAGUGCGUUUGUGUCGUUGCCUCUAGUUUGGAAAUGCAUGUUUCUCCUGUAGACAUCUCAACAUUUUGUGUUAGACAUGUUACGAUUCUAGCGGGAUUAAAAGAUCUUAAUUCCUUUUCUGUUACAAUUGAAUGUGUGAAUUUAAAUAAAAUAAUUUCUCUCAA